UAGUGUCCAAUAAGAGGCGAGACACCGGAAGCCAGCCUGACUCCGUGAGUGCUUGACAUUGUUUCAGCUCUACUCACAUUAUUGCUUGUUCGCUACAUGGAACACACCCAUGUUGUGCAGGAGUGCUGCUCUGAGAGCACUACCACUGACCUGCUGUAGGCGCUGCUACAGGAAUACCCUCCUCUUUCCCCCUCUCACCUGUUUCUCUCCCCCUUUCACUUCCUCCCUCUCUCCCUCUCUGUCAUCUUCCCUCUCAAACACCAGCAGCUGUAGGACUCCUCUCUCUCCUCCUCACCCCCCUCUCAUCUCUCCCCCCUCCAUCUCUCGCUCCUUCUCUCAUAGCCCUCGUCCAACCGGCCCGAUGGACCUACAGGAGGUUCUGAAGGUUCUGGAGCAGCUAGCUCCCCUGUCAUUGGCUGAGUCAUGGGACAAUGUAGGCCUAUUGGUCCAGCCCAGCAAGGCUCGGCCUAUCAGAACCAUCCUGUUGACCAAUGAUCUGACAGAGCCUGUUAUGGAGGAAGCGGAAGCCAUGAAGUGUGACCUCAUCGUAUCCUAUCACCCUCCACUGUUUCGGCCAAUAAAACGUCUGGUGCAGGGAGAUUGGAAGCAGCGAUUGGCUGUGCGGGCAGUGGAGGCGGGCAUGGCGGUGUUCUCUCCCCACACCUCGUGGGACAGCGUGGACGGAGGAGUAAACGACUGGCUGGUGGGAGGACUGGGUAGUGGCCGGGUGUCGGUGCUGAGUCAAGCGCUCGCUAGCGCCCCCCAGAGACACAGACUGGAGUUUGAGGCCAGCAGUGAGGAGGAACUGAGGGCUCUGAUGUCAGAACUGAAGCAGGGAGAGAAAGGAGCUCUCCUUCAACACUCAGUCACAAGCUUGGAGACUGGGGGCUACCGAGUGUGUCUGAGCUGCCCUGACUCCGAGCUGCCCCCUGCUGUUCAGACGCUACUACGACACCCUGGUCCCAAUCAGUCACUCAGCAUCCUGCAAACACAAAAGCCUCCUCUUCCAGGCCGUGGCGCAGGGCGACUCUGUGUUUUGGAUCAGCCGGUCACCGUAGCAACAGCUGUCCAGAAGAUGAAGGUCCACCUGGGUCUGAGUCACCUGCGUCUGGCGCUCGGAGCACAGAGACACCUGGAGUCCAUGGUGUCCACUGCAGCAGUGUGUGCUGGGUCUGGAGCAUCAGUGUUAGAUGGAAUCAGAGCAGACCUCUACAUCACAGGUGAAAUGUCCCAUCAUGAAGUCUUGGAUGCAGUCGCCAAGGGAACCUGCGUCAUCCUCAGUGACCAUAGCAACAGUGAGCGUGGUUUUCUGGCGGUGUUCAAGGAGAGGCUGGCAGUGUGCCUUCCCGACUCGGUUAACGUGGUGACGUCCCGGGCCGACAGAGACCCACUGGAGGUGGUCUGAACCCGCCCGCCCGCCGUUACCAUGACUUCAACGGUUGUUGUCAACGGCGAUGACGACGCAAGAAAUAAUUCACUGUGUAUGACUGAGGAUUGAAGACGAUUGUAUCUGUCUGAUACGAUAUGUCUCCCUGAUACGAUAUGUCUGUCUAUCUGAUAUGAUAUGUCUGUCUGAUAUGAUAUGUCUGUCUGAUACGAUAUGUCUGUCUAUCUGAUAUAUGUCUGUCUGCUUUUCAAUAAAGUUUCCCAAGUACCAACAUG